CAUGCUACAGUUACUUGCCAUGUCUACUCGCUGUUCGGCUUUACAACAGUCUCAAGGGAUGCCCUCUGACCUCAGGACGUGAGCAUGCUUUUACUGAUUCAUGUGGAGACUGGAAGACAGCCGGAGGCAAGUCAGGUGUCUACUUUAUUCAACUGGUAAAGUACAGAGAGAAACAGAGGGUUUGGUGUGACAUGGACUCUGGCAGUGGUGGCUGGCUGGUGUUCCAGAGACGCACUAACGGCUCCGUGGACUUCUACAGGAACUGGACACAGUAUGAACAGGGCUUUGGUGACAUCACCGGGGAGUUCUGGCUGGGUUUGUCAAAGCUUUACACCCUGACCAAAGGGAGACCCACCCGACUGCGUGUAGACCUCGGCGAUGUGGAUGGACAUCGUCACUACGCUGAGUACUCGACAUUCAGGGUGGACGGUCCUGAGACAAACUACACACUGACCGUGUCCGGCUACUCGGGUGACGCGGGUGACAGCAUGGAGUAUCACAACAACCAGAGUUUUUCAACGUUUGACCGGGACAACGACAAGAACUCUGCCAACUGUGCCGCUCUCCGGAACGGCGCCUGGUGGUACAACUCGUGUCACUUCACCAACCUCAACAGCCGAUACAAGGCUGACGGCGCUAAGGGUCCUGACGGCCUCAACUGGUUUCGCGCCCACAGUGACUGGAGGAGCUUCAACUUCAGCGAGAUGAAAAUGCAACCAGUGUAGCAUCGCCUUGUCUCCUGUACUCUCACUGCUUACACCCUCAGUCUACUCUACACCACACGUGACACUCGUGAUGUCACCUCAGUGCAGAUGACUGGUCUCGCAAUAGCUAAGAAUAUAAACUCAGUGCAUCCUGUUGUCCCUUAGUUGUUUACAUUGAUGAUGUUGCUAAAAGAUUCUAAUAUACAAAGCUUAACACCUUUGAUUUUUAUUAAUGAAUUUAGCAUAUUAAUUGCUCG